CACUUCCAGUUCCUCACACAUUUGAUAGUCAUAUCCUAUAAUUUACACAUUGUUGCAUCACUUCAUCUCUAAGCAUCUCUCUUCACACUUUCUUGCUUCAGCAUAUAUGGAAGGUGGGAAGGAUGAGAGUGGUGUCAAAAAGAAAAGCAUAAUUGUUGGUACAUGGGGAGGUAAUGGUGGGACUAACUGGGACGAUGGCAUUUACAGUGGAGUGAGAGAGAUCACACUGGUUUAUGACCGUUGUAUCGAUUCGAUCCGGUUGGUGUAUGAUAAGAAUGGUAAGCCUGUUUCAUCAGAAAAACAUGGAGGUGUAGGGGGCAGUAAAACAGCUGAGAUCAAGCUGCAAUUUCCAGAGGAAUUCUUGACAAGCAUGAGUGGCCACUACUGUCCGGUGGUCCAUGGCGGCAGCCCGGUGAUCCGAUCACUGACUUUCAAGAGCAACCGAAGAACGUUUGGGCCGUUUGGAGUGGAAGAAGGAAUACCAUUUUCAUUUUCCAUGGAUGGAGGCAAAAUUGUUGGGUUUAUGGGGAGAAGUGGUUGGUAUUUGGAUGCAAUUGGAUUCCGUUUAUCUCGUGUCCAAACACCAAGACUCUUUCAAAGGGUCCAACAGAAGCUUAAAAAACUGACCAGCUCUGUAUCUUUGGCUUCAAAAGAUGGUGAACAAGCUCCUAAAGCUAAGGCCACUAAAGCUUCUACAUAGGAUUUCAUGUUGCAUCCAUCAUAAUCUGUUUUGAGUCAAUUCAAGCAUAUGUAUGGUAAAAAUAAUCACUACUGAUUUUACUUUGUGUUGAGUACUAAUUAAUACUAUCC